GAUGUCGGGCUUGUCACUGAUUUGUGAUUAUGGUGAAUCAGAUGGUUCGGAAGAAAACGAAAAUGACGAUUUAGAGACAUUCAAAAGUGUUGGUUUUAGGACAAAACUUCCUGCUCCUGAUCUUAGCAAGGUAUCAGUUAUUAAAACAGAAGAACAUAUUGAUAAUCCCGAUCAGCACGGAGGAAAAAUUCGAUCAUUUUCACAUGUAAGGGGGAAUUGGGCAACAUUUGUUUUCAUUAAGUAUCCAGACUUGGAGAGCUUAAAUAUUAUAACAGAAAAUUUUGCUAAUCAAAUUGAGUCCAUAGGACUUGAAUGUAAAAAGUGUGAUGAUUUCCAUAUAAGUUUAUCGAAAACAUUCGUGUUGAAAUAUCAUUUAAUAGCCCCAUUAACAGAAUCUUUACAAGAAGUGUUUAAUACUUGCGACAGUUUUGAAUUAGGAUUUCAUUCUAUAGCAAUUUACUGCAAUGAGGAAGAGACUCGUACAUUUGUUGCAUUGAAAGCUGAUAUCUAUUCUAGCAGGGGAUUACUUAUGAUUACUCAGAAAAUUGAUAACAUUUUGGUAGAAUACAAAUUACCACAAUUUUAUGAUGAUCCAUCGUUUCACAUGAGCAUUUUAUAUGUCAAUGGUAAUAAGAAGAAUGAACUUACAAAAAUAUUAGAAAGGCUGAAUGGUGUAUUUGUUAAAUACGAAAAGAAUAUUGGCUCUGUAAUUAUAAACAAAAUUGAGUGUAAAAGUGGAAAUAAGUAUUUUCAGUACUAUUUGCAAUAA